AUGUAAAUAAGAGAAUAAUAAUCGACCAUGGUAGUUUGUUGUACUACUCGAACGUGAAUUUCAACCAAACACAAUUUAUAUGGCAAUAUUAUAGUAUUACUAUCUGCUACGAUGUCGACUGAGCCACGUCACAUAGAUCAAAGCAAAGCUUUGGCCCAACGCGAGGGUUCAGUGCGGGGAAUCCUCAACACAACAAGGACGUUAACACGUCAAUCUAGCUCGAUGAGCAACUCGAAAGCUACCGCUCGGCAUCCUAGUGUCCAUCGAUGUGUCAGCGAAGCUGACCGAGACUCAGUGUACGACGUCACCGGGAGCACGGUCGUCGUAACCCUGCUCAUUCUCAGUCCGCCCAUCGUCCUCAUCGGCGUGAUCCUUCUGACCAUGGGGGCCAUCAUCGGCAAAAUAUUCGUGCUUGUCGCGGGGCUCGCCACCAUUUUGAGCGGCGUGCUGAUCGCCGCUACGAGUGCAUUUGUCUUCGUACGCAUGCGCAGUGGUGUCAGAAAUCAGACCAGUUUGACUGAGCGCGGGUCGUCUGCUCGUGGGAGGGGCGGUAGCGGCAGAGAUUCUUCAGGUCGAGGGAACUACUAUCGAGUUACGAUGGAUCUAGAGAGGAGCAUAAAGUCCGCCGAUGGGUCUUUCCGCGUGGAAAUCACCGAGCAGCCAACAACCAUGGUCACCUUUUUCUCCUCAGCUGACUCUGGUACCAAGUCAAUACGAGGCGAUAAGACCAACGGGUCAAAUGCCAGCAGUCUGAGCAGCGCCAGUGAGACUAUGAAAGCGAUCGGUAUAAAACGGGGGUCAGAGAACUCAAGCCCCGGCUGAGUGUUAGAGGCCGGAUACCUUGCUUCAUCGAAACAUUUCAAAGUUUGGGGCCAGGAGCCUUAAAGGCUGGAAGAAAAAACACCGCAAAGUCAACGAUGAACAGAGAAGAGAAAAUAUCAUUUUCAGAAUCUGCUCGCACUCAAAGAUAGUGUGAGGACGAGAUGAA